AUGCCAUUUCCACCUGGACCCCCCGCCCGUUGGUUCUGGAGCAACGCUUUGCCUUCUGUCAAUAUUGCUCGUGCGCUGACAAACCUUGUUCGGGAGUAUGGGCCUGUGGUAUCGUUCCGACAAGGCAGUCAAGUGAUCAUUGUCAUCGGCAGCGUCGAGGCAGCCACAACCAUCAUGGAGAUAGAAGGUAGAUCCCUUGUAGAUCGUCCUCCGUCUAUCGCUGCGGGAGAGAUGCUCUCAAAUGGGAUGCGUAUUCUCAUGGCUCGCUCCGGAGAACGCUUUCGGCGUCUCCGCAAAGCAGUUCAUACCCAUCUUCAGCCCAAGGCAACAGAGGCAUACAAAGAUAUGCAGCACGAUAAUGCACGGAAAUUUACAUUGGACAUUCUGAAUGACCCUCAGAAUCACCAGAAGCAUGCAGCAGGGUAUUCAGCAUCAGUCAUUCUUCGCGUCACUUAUGGGAAGUCUACACCGACUGCCUACACUGAUCCCGAAGUUGUCCGUGUCUACAAAGUCCUCCAUCAUUUUGAUCUUGUGAUGCGCCCGGGAGCUUAUCUUGUCGACCGCGUGCCUCUUUUGCGCUACUUGCCUGGUUACGGAAAGCAACUUACGGAGUGGCAUAACGAAGAACUAAGUCUAUACAGACAUCAGUUACUGCGCGUCAAGAGCGAAAUAGAACAAAACAAAGCGGGACCCUCUUUCACCAAGACACUGUUGGAAAACACCGAAAAUCAUCAGCUUGCGAUGGAUGAGAUGGGAUAUCUCGCUGGAACGCUCUUUGGUGCAGGAGCUGAUACAGCAAUCCAGACCACUGCGGGAAUUACCACUGCUAUCAUGGCUGCAGCGUGCUACCCUCUGGCUCAGGCAAAGCUGCAUGAAGAGCUCGAUAUGGUCAUCGGAUCAGACAGAGGCAAGGCUAAAAGAAUGAUAUUUUUCCGAAGUUCUGAGCUAAUUUUGGUAAUAGUACCAACAUUCGAGGACUCGAGCUCACUUCCUCAAUUGCGCGCGUUUCUGUUGGAAGCUUUGAGAUGGAGACCUGUUAUUCCCAUAGGAUUCCCUCACCGCGCAACUCAGGAUAUUAUUUGGCAAGGCUAUUGUAUUCCUGAGGGUGCAAUUGUCUAUGGAUGCCAUUGGGCAAUCUGUCGCGAUCCAAUUGCCUUCCCAGACCCCGAAAAAUUUGAUCCUCAGCGCUGGCUUGAUUCCGAAGGCCGCCUCAAGGACGAUAUGAAGUCUUUCACUUUUGGCUUUGGUAGACGGGUGUGUCCCGGUAGGCAUCUCGCAGAGAAUUCAAUGUACAUCGCCCUCGCACUUCUCUUCUGGUCAUUCCGCUUCGAUCAACGACCUGACGCUCCGAUCAACACGCAGGCUAGUGACAGUGUUAUUUCUCAUCUAGCGCCAUUUGAGAUUGAUGUCAUUCCACGAAUCGAAGUCGAGAGGUUGAGGGAGAUGAUGGCGGACGAGAGUAUGUAUUGA